GGGGAUUAGACGGAGUCGUAUCGCAAACUCCCAUAAACCCUAGCGGCCGUCGUCCCCACUCCCCUUCCCUCCCGCCCCGGGCUCCCGGCCAUGGCGAAGACGAAGCCCAUGGCGGCGGCGGCGGGCGAGAAGAAGAAGAGCAAAGGGAAGAAGAAGGGCAAGAACGGCCCCGCCAAGGUGGCCAUGAAGGCGCGCGCGGCGGCGGCGGAGGAGCGGAGCAACCCGUUCGAGGCCAUCUGGUCGCGCCGCAAGUUCGACGUGCUCGGCAAGAAGCGCAAGGGCGAGGAGCGGCGCGUAUCGCGGGCCCGCUCGGAGGCCAUCCGCAAGAGGGAGAACACGCUGCUCAAGGAGUUCGAGGAGAGCGCCAAGUCUUCCGUGUUCCACGACCGGCGUAUCGGCGAGAGGGACGACACGCUGCCCGAGUUCGACAAGGCCAUCCUCCGCCAGCAGCGCGAGCGAUUGGCGAAGUUGAAACGCGAAAGUAAAUACAAUCUACCUGAUGAGGAUGAAGACGAAAUCAAUGUUCAUAACCUGCUCUCGGAAAAGGACGAUUUUGAUGAAGAGGUGCCUUUUGAUGAUGCGAGUGAUGAGGAAGAUAAAAUGGUUCUCUCAAAGAAGCGGCUAUCUCUCCAAGGUGGUGACCGCCCUUCAGAGACUGAUCUGCCACAGGAAACACAUGGGCAUAAGAGCAAGAAGGAAGUUAUGAUGGAGAUUAUUUCAAAGAGUAAAUUUUAUAAGGCCCAAAAAGCCAAGGAGAGGGAAGAGGAUGAGCAUCUGGUAGAUAAGUUAGACAGCGACUUUGCAUCAUUGGCCCAGACACAGGCGCUAUUGUCCUUGACAGAGUCAACUAAGGUCAAGGCGAAUAAAAGUGAUUCAAGUGCUGGCUUGACAGGGAAGGAGAUAUUUACAAAGGCAAAGUCGGACACAUAUGAAAAAAUGGUGAAAGAAAUGGUGAUGGAUCAACGUGCUCGUCCAUCAGACAGGACUAAAACCCCUGAGGAAAUUGCACAAGAAGAGAAAGAACGUCUUGAGAAGUUGGAGGAAGAGCGCCAAAAAAGAAUGCUUGGAACUGCUGAUUCAUCUGAUGAGGAUGAUGACAAUGAGGAUGAUAACCACAUGAAGCUGGAUAACUCAAAACCUAUAUCUGGUGAUGAUCUUGGCGAUUCCUUCACUGAUGAUUCAAUAAGAAAGAAAAAGGGUUGGGUUGAUGAAAUCUAUGAAAAGGAGGGUAGAAAGAUUGGUGAUGAUGCAGCAGCAUCCGAUGAUGAAGAAAGUGAUGACGAACAUGCCGAUGAUGAUGAGUCUGAUGAUGAUGACGAUGAUGCUGAUGCAGAGGAUGAUUCAAAUGACUUCGGUAAUAUGUCUGCUAGAGAUUGGGAGCAAAGUGAUGAUGAUGAAGUUGAUGCAGGGGACGAUGAAAUGGAGGAUGUUCAUGAGAAGGAACAAGAGAUCAGUGGUAAAGUGACGAAAAGAGAUGCACAAAUUUUGAAAAAAGAAUCUAAUGUGAAAAUGCAAGUCAAGGAUGGCAGUGUUCCUUUUGUUAUCGAUGCACCAAAUAACCUGAAAGAUCUAUCCUCCUUGCUCGAUUGUCGUUCUGAAACUGAAAUAAUUGAGAUUAUUAGUCGAAUACGCACAUGCAAUUCAAUAAGGCUUGCAGCUGAAAACCGAAGGAAAAUGCAAGUUUUCUAUGGUGUUCUCUUGCAGUACUUCGCAGUUUUAGCUACUCAGAGUCCAGUGAAGUUCAAAAUAAUCGACACACUUGUUAAGCCUUUAAUUGAGAUGAGCGGAGAGACUCCAUAUUUUGCUGCUAUCUGUGCAAGAGAGCGACUUAUUCAUACACGCACUCGUCUAUGUGAAGAUAUUAAGGUUCCAGGAAAGAGCAGCUGGCCAAAUCUGAAGACGUUACUUCUCCUGAGAUUAUGGUCUCUAACUUUCCCCUCCUCUGACUUCCGCCAUGUUGUAGCAACUCCAAUGCUUCUACUUAUGUGCGAAUAUCUGAUGCGAUGCCCUAUUCAAUCUGGUCGAGAUGUUGCUGUCGGUUCUUUCUUGUGUUCCAUGGUGCUUAUGGCUACUAAAGAAUCAAAGAAGUUCUGCCCUGAAGCUAUUGCUUUUCUGCAAUCUCUUUUGGUAACAUCUCUUAAAGGAAAAGUAGGAACUCAUCUGCAGAAUCAGAUUAAUGAUCAAUUUAUGGAGCUCAAGACACUGAAACCAUGGCUCAAUAUCCGUGAGCAAGUGCAUGAGGUGAAUCCAGUGAAUGUACUAGAAAUCAUGGGCAUGGAUCCUGAUGCCCCUUAUUUUUCAUCGGAUGAUUUUAAGGCUGGUGUACUCUUAUCUGUGGCCGAGUGUUUAAGAGGCUUUGUUAUUAUACAUGAAGAACUAAGCUCUUUCCCAGAAAUCUUCCUUCCAAUAUCCUCUCUGCUGCAAGAAAUUUUGGAUAAAUCUGAAGUGCCUGGCCUGUUACGAGACAUUUUCCUUGAAGUCAUUGACUUGAUUAAAAAGAGAAGUGAUGAGCACCAUGCUUCAAGAGAGCCGCUCCGAAUGCGGAAGAAGAAGCCUGAACCAAUCAAGCAGUUGAAUCCAAAAUUCGAAGAGAAUUACAUAAAGGGUCUCGAUUAUGAUCCUGAUCGAGAAAGGGCACAAAUGAAGAAGCUGAAGAAACGUCUCAAGAGUGAGAAGUCAGGGGCAAUGCGUGAGCUGCGCAAAGAUAAUUACUUCCUAUCUGCUGUGAAGGAGAAAGAGAGGAUUAAGCAAGAGCAAGAGAGAGCUGAGAAGUAUGGAAAAGCCAUGGCAUUCCUUCAAGAACAGGAAAGUGCUUUCAAAUCUGGACAGCUAGGGAAAGGAAAGGGCAGAAAAAGGAGGCGGUGAUACAUUCUUCAUGUUCAGCAGUUUGGCCGGUGUAAAUAUACGGGUAAUGCUGCCCUUGCAACUCAGUUUGUGCAUCCUCCUGCUGUACUGGAGGCAGCGUGAGCUGCUUUGUCUAACUUGAAGCUGGUCGAGACACCGAACAGAUGUCGUAUGGAGCUUUGCCUGAAGAGUGACCACAUAGCUAUAUCAGCAAGGCCUUGAGCACUUCACAAGGUCUCGUUGAUUGAUUGUUUACCAUACUUGGCAAAGGCUUUACUUCUCUUGUACUCCAGAGCGCUACUUACUAGUUGCCCUGCUCUGGUAUACUCGUGCGGUAGUAAUUUUCCUUAGCACAGCGAAGAGUUUUUGUUAUUUUUCGGUUUUCUUGUACUGUAACAUGUCAGCUGUAUGGGUAUGGCAAUUUUGACACUGAACACAGUUUUGUAUUCGUCAUUUCCCCCAAAUUUUCAGCAAAUGAUUCUUCAUCUGAAAUUGAACUUCUCUAUCUGUUA